AUGAAUGAAAAAAAGUGCAAAUUGUGUUUAUCCAAAUUUAAUUUACAAAAUAAUCAGUCGAACUGUUUGAUGUUACAGUCAUCGACACAUUUUACUGUUAUUUCUGAUAUUCAUAACACACACCGAAUGCUUUCUAUAAAGAAAACGGACUUUUUGAUAAUAUGUGGCGACGUGACAAAUGGAGGGAACAAAAGUGAGUUGAAAUCUUUUCAAAGGUGGCUUGCAGACCAACCAACAAAACACACAGUAAUGAUAUGGGGAAAUCACGAGAGACGUUUAGAACUCCGCGACGUGUCGUUGAAACUGGAGUCGGAUCAGAAGAACUUGACAUUUUUGAAUGGUCUUAAGACCAUCGGCAAUUUUCAGUUUUAUGGUCAAAAUUAUCCGUUCAAAGCACCACUAGAGAAAUUUGACACGACAAAGCCACUCAUUAGUUUAUCACAUGAGCCACCCCUAGGUGUGAUGGAUUUAGGCAUUUCUAACAGGAAAAUCAUCAACGACACUUUUUAUCAUGCGGGGAGUCAAGAAGUCAUUUCCUUCAUUCAAAAGUAUAACCCUCAAAUGCAUUGUUUUGGGCAUUGUCACAGUUCACAUGGGAUUUGCCAAGUAAAAAACACUUUGUGUGUCAAUGGUGCACUUGUUGAUGACUGUGGCGAGCCAUUUAAAAAGCCCAUCGAAAUUUUAUACACGCAAAAUACAUUCCGCCCAAUCGACCAAAGUAAGUGCAUCACAUUACAACACUUUUUAAAAAUGGCGUCGAAAGACCCUUUCGAGUACAUCACAACAACUAACGAAUACUGUAAUUGA